GUCUUCCACCAGACAAAGCUCAUACAUCAUGGCCGACGAUCGUCAAUGACAGUUGUUGGCUAAGAUUUUACCUCAAAUCUUUGGUAAAGAUGGCAACAAGCCAUGAUGAAAAUAAAGAGAAGGCCAUCAAGUAUGAGUAUUUAGAUCACACAGCUGAUGUUCAACUUCAUGCUUGGGGUGAUGAUUUGAAGGAAGCUUUUGAGCAGGUAGCAACAGCCAUGUUUGGCUAUAUGACAGAGUUAGACAAAGUUGAAAUCGAGCAAACAAAGGAAAUCACAGCUGAAGGUGAUGACAUGAUAAACUUAUUGUUCCAUUUUCUUGAUGAGUUCCUGUUCUUGAUGUGUGUCGACCCAUACUUUAUUGUUAAGGAAGUUGAAAUUUUAGAGUUUGACAAGGAAAAUUUCAAGAUAAGAGCAAUAGGGAGAGGUGAAGCUUUUGACCUCGACAAGCAUCCACAGGGCACGGAGGUGAAGGCCAUAACUUACUCCAACAUGCAAAUAUAUGAUGAAAAUGACAAGCACGAAGUUUAUGUCAUCAUUGACAUUUAAAAACUGAAAAUCAAGAGCAAAUUCUACAUGCCAGUUAUUCACUGAAGGCAAGGUCAAUAGUGAUUCAGUCACGACACACCACCAUACAGUGCCCUAAGUCAGUGGAAAAUGGUUAAUCAGUCCAAUUCCCAAUUAUUUGUUAGAGGCAAAAGGGAAAAACAGUACUCACCAACCUAAAAAAUGUUCAGUGCUAUACUAAACUGUACUUCAAUCUUUUUUCUUUCAUAGAGAAGGUCACUCCAUGAAGAAAAGUGAAUAAAAAAAGUUUGGAAAAAAA